GUCACGACGACGACACCAUCCACUGAUCUAGAGUCUCUUGUCCGAUUACGACUAGACGCAGGCGGAUUAGAUCAGAAAUUCAGAAUACGGCUAGAGGCUGCUAGCCAGGUGACCUGGAUCAAAUAUAUUGGCAGCAGCUAGUGCAUGCAGGAUCAGCGGUUGAUUCAUGGGAGAUGGAGGCCAGCGAUGGGGCGAGGUGCGGCGGCAUCACGGAGACCUUCGGCACGGUGGAAGAGCGGCUUCUGCGGCUGGAGGUGGUGGUGCUGGCGAGCGCGCUGGUGCUGUCGUCGCUGGUGCUCUACGGCUCGACCCAGCGGCGGAGCAGCGACCGGGUGCUCCGCGGCGUCAUGUGGAUCGCCUACUCGCUCUCCUACGUCGUGGUCACCUACGCCGUCGGCAUCAUCCAGGAAGGCCCCUUCCACGGCCAGACCUUCGUGCUCUGGGCCUCCGCGCUGCUGCUCAUCCAGGCCAGCGCGUACGCGGCGCCCGUGCACAGCCGCCGCGACGUCGACCAGCGCAAGAAGCUGCUGCUGCAGCACGCCCUCCAGACGGCCCUCGUGCUCUGGCUCAUCCUCAAGGCCAUCGGCGCCAACACCAGCUACCGGGCGGCCAUCUGGGCCUUCUGGAGCCUCAGCGUGCUCAAGACGGUCGCCAAGAUCGUCGAGAUGGUCCGGUCCAGCCUCCCGGACCCGUCGGUGAAACGCCGAGUACAUGGACGUCGAGCAGUUCCUCGCCGCCGACCAGCUGCCGGCCGACCCCAAGACCAUGAAGGGGUACAAGUACCUCUUCCACGGCGAGGAGGCCAUUCAGCAUCAACAGCAGUUGAGCCACCAAUAUCGUCCUUCCCAGGACAAGAUACUGAUGACGACGACGACCAGCUCGAUGCUGACGAGGACGACGAGCUCGAUCCUGACGGCGACGAUGAGCUCCGCCUCCCCCAAGGUGAAGGGGGUCGUCACGAUCGAAGUAUACCAGUGAAUCGAUCGUCACGGAUACAGCGACGUCGAGAGGGACGUGGCCAAGGACUUCUGCCUGGCCUUCUCGUUGUUCAAGCUCAGCCUGACCAUCGGGCCGGUGAGGCCGGUCAAGACGAGGUCCAGCGACAUGGGCGUGCGUGUUUCCCAAGGUCAUCGACCAGAUCCUGGUGUGGCACGUGGUCACCACUCGUUUCGACUGGAUUAGCGGUACCACAGGCUCGUGGUAGCCUUCCUGCUGGAGAUGCUGCCGGACCCAAGCAACAACGCCGAGCAGAUCUUCGACACGGCGGUGCAGCAGGCGCGGGACCAGCUCGCCGGCUGCCGGACAACGCGGGACAUACUUGCCCAACUAGAGGAGAUACAGAGCAAGGAGGAGAGUUACCUGGAGGGCGGCAGCCUGUACGAGAGAGCCGGCAGCACCAGCAUUGUCGAGAAGGCUGCGCUGCUCGGCGGGCAGAUCUGGGUGUCCGUGCCAGACGAAGGGCGGCGGUGGAAGGUGCUGGCGGAGUUUUGGGCAGAAUUCAUAGUGUUCCUCCCUCCGUCGGACAACGUGGACAUCCACGCCGCUCGGCGCCGGCGGCGAGUUCAUGACGCAGUUGUGGGCGCUGCUCUCCCACGCUGGAGCGGCCGGGCGGUGCCACGCCGUCGGCACCAAGGACUUGAUGGAGAACGCACUGGGCACCGCUCAUGUGGUUGCCUUGUUUCUCUAGCCGUGUAGGCAUGUAGAUAAGUCGCGUGGUGAAACACAAAGAUGCAACGCGCUCUUUAUUUUAGAAAUUUUUAGUGAAAAGAUUAGCAUCAACCGACUGAUCAAGGCGCUGCAUCCGCCGCUUGAUGCGCCGUUGGAUCAAUUAAAAUAACC